CAGACGCGCGAGCUUGUAAAAGCAGGUGCGCGAGACAGCGGCGGCCGCUCCUCUCCUCCCUGUUUCCGAGGGGAAAUGUCGAGCGAGAAGCCGCUUUCAGCACCGCCCGGCUCCGCUUCUUUGCUCACGGACACAGACCGAGACUCGCACCUUCCUCCUCCUCCUCUUCCUCCUGCUGCUGCUGCUGCUCCUCCUCCGCCGGGCUCCUCCGCUCCGCCGCGGCAGGUCGCCGUCGCCGCCGCGGGCGCUGGCUUCCACAGCAGCGGGGAGAGGAUGGUGUCCGCAGCCGGGUCCAUGGUGCUGCCGGCCGGGGUGAUCAACCCCGCGGUUCCGAUCAGGAAUAUCCAGAUGAAAUUCGCCGUGCUGGUGGGCCUGAUCCAGGUCGGGGAGGUUAGCAACAGGGACAUCGUGGAGACGGUGCUGAACCUGCUGGUUGGUGGAGAGUUUGACCUGGAGAUGAACUUCAUCAUCCAGGAGGCGGAAAGCAUUGGCUGCAUGGUGGAGCUGCUGUCCCACUGUGAGGUGACGUGCCAGGCUGAGAUCUGGAGCAUGUUUACGGCCAUACUGCGCAAGAGUGUGCGCAACCUGCAAACCAGCACUGAGGUCGGCCUUAUCCAGCAGGUGCUGCUCAAAAUGAGCACGGUGGACGACAUGAUCGCAGACCUCCUGGUGGACAUGUUGGGAGUGUUGGCCAGUUACAGCAUCACAGUCAAGGAGCUGAAGCUUCUUUUCAGUAUGCUGAGAGGAGAGAAUGGCAUCUGGCCAAGACACGCUAUCAAGCUCUUGUCAGUGUUGAACCAGAUGCCUCAGAGGCAUGGUCCCGACACCUUCUUCAACUUUCCAGGACGCAGUGCAGCGGCUAUUGCGUUGCCACCAAUUGCCAAAUGGCCGUACCAGAACGGAUUCACUAUCAACACUUGGUUCAGGCAGGAUCCACUCAACAACAUCAACGUGGACAAGGACAAACCAUACCUCUACUGUUUUCGCACCAGUAAAGGAAUUGGUUACUCGGCUCACUUUGUGGGAAACUGUCUCAUCGUGACAUCGCUGAAGUCCAAAGGAAAAGGCUUUCAACACUGUGUGAAGUAUGAUUUCCAGCCUCGUAAGUGGUACAUGAUCAGCAUCGUCCACAUCUACAAUCGCUGGAGAAACUCUGAGAUCCGUUGCUAUGUCAACGGUCAGCUGGUCUCCUAUGGUGAUAUGGCUUGGCACGUCAACACGAACGAUAGCUAUGACAAGUGUUUCCUGGGUUCAUCAGAGACAGCAGAUGCAAACAGAGUGUUUUGCGGUCAGCUGGGUGCUAUUUAUGUGUUCAGUGAAGCUCUCAAUCCGGCUCAGAUCUUUGCCAUUCAUCAGCUCGGUCCAGGAUACAAGAGCACUUUUAAGUUCAAGUCAGAGAGCGAUAUCCACCUGGCUGAGCACCACAAGCAGGUGUUGUACGACGGCAAGCUGGCCAGCUCCAUCUCCUUCACCUACAACGCCAAGGCGACGGACGCCCAGCUCUGCUUGGAGUCGUCGCCCAGGGAAAACCCAUCCAUCUUUGUGCACUCGCCACAUGCACUCAUGCUACAGGAUGUGAAGGCCAUCGUUACCCACUCCAUCCACAGUGCUAUCCACUCUAUAGGAGGCAUCCAGGUCCUGUUCCCACUCUUCGCCCAGCUGGACUACAAACAGCUCAAUGAUAGCAGCGUGGACACAACCGUCUGUGCUACUCUGUUGGCGUUCCUGGUGGAGCUGCUGAAGAGCUCGGUGGCCAUGCAGGAGCAAAUGCUGGGAGGGAAAGGCUUUCUGGUGAUUGGAUACCUGCUGGAGAAGUCAUCACGAGUUCACAUCACCAGAGCGGUCCUUGAACAGUUCCUGUCGUUUGCAAAGUAUCUGGAUGGUUUACCUCACGGCGCGCCGCUUCUCAAACAGCUCUGUGACCAUGUCCUCUUUAACGCUGCUAUCUGGAUACACACUCCUGCCAAGGUUCAGCUAUCCCUCUACACAUACUUGUCAUCCGAGUUCAUCGGCACAGCCACCAUAUAUAACACCAUUCGACGUGUCGGCACCGUCCUGCAGCUGAUGCACACCCUGAAGUACUACUACUGGGCCAUAAACCCUUUGGAGUGCAGUGGGAUCACCCCUAAAGGUCUCGAUGGACUUCGACCAACCCAAAAGGAGAUCAUCUCACUCCGAGCCUUCAUGCUUCUCUUCCUCAAACAACUCAUACUGAAGGACCGAGGCGUCAAAGAGGACGAGUUACAGAGCAUCCUCAACUAUCUUUUGACCAUGCAUGAGGAUGAAAAUAUCCACGAUGUGCUCCAGCUGUUGGUGGCUCUUAUGUCUGAACACCCGGCAUCCAUGAUCCCUGCUUUUGACCAGAGGAAUGGCAUAAGGGUGAUCUGUAAGCUCCUGGCCUCUAAGAGUGAAAGUAUACGAGUUCAGGCUCUCAAAGUUCUCGGCUACUUCCUGAAGCACCUUGGUCACAAGAGGAAGGUUGAGAUCAUGCACACACACAGUCUGUUCACACUGCUGGGAGAACGGCUGAUGAUGCACACCAACACUGUUUCCAUCACCACCUACAACACUCUGUAUGAGAUUCUGACUGAGCAGGUCUGUACCCAGGUGGUCCACAAGCCCCACCCUGAGCCCGACUCUACUGUUAAGAUCCAGAACCCCAUGAUUCUAAAGGUUGUGGCGACCCUGUUGAAGAACUCCACCCCAAGUGCUGAGCUAAUGGAAGUCAGGAGACUCUUUCUUUCCGAUAUGAUCAAACUUUUCAGUAACAGCCGCGAAAAUCGCCGCUGCUUGUUGCAGUGCUCUGUGUGGCAGGACUGGAUGUUCUCCCUCGGAUACAUCAACCCCAAGAACCCCGAGGAGCAGAAAAUAACGGAGAUGGUGUACAACAUCUUCAGGAUCCUUCUCUACCAUGCCAUCAAAUACGAGUGGGGAGGGUGGAGGGUCUGGGUUGAUACCCUGUCCAUUGCACACUCCAAGGUGACCUAUGAAGCCCACAAGGAAUACUUGGCUAAGAUGUAUGAGGAGUAUCAGCGUCAGGAGGAGGAAAACAUGAAGAAGGGAAAGAAAGGUUCCGUGUCCACGAUUUCUGGCCUCUCAGCCACGCCGGCCCCGGUCGUCAACGGCAACUUGGAGAUCGAUGACAACUCUCAGACACAGACUCCCGAGAGUGAAGCCGAGUACAGCGAAGGAGCUAGUGGAGAUUCACGCAACCUUCUUGCUGACGGUGCUGUGAAGCGACCCAAUGGAGAAGCCCUGACACCUGGGGAGCAGAGCUCCGGUCCAGGAGUAAGGGUAGAGGUUCAUGAUCUGCUGGUGGACAUUAAGGCUGAAAAAGUAGAAGCAACAGAGGUGAAACUGGAUGACCUGGACCUGUCUCCAGAAGGCAUUAGUGGAAAUGUUGGAGGAGGCAACGGGGGUGGGGCCGGGAUGGAAAAUGGCCCUCUUGUGGAAGUGGAUUCUCUCUUGGACAGCGCAUACUGCUCUGUGGUUCACAACCUAAAUGGAAAUCUAGCUCCAAAGGACGACGCACCAGGUUCAAGGGUUGGAACAGGAACGAGCCUGGGGCUGUCUGGAGUCAGCAUGGUGGACGAUAGAAACAUGGGUCCUCUCAUCACAUUAGCUGAUGAGAAAGACAGUGUUCCAAGCAACAAUGGAUUUCUGUUCAGCAAGGUUGAUGAAAAAUUGCUUCCAGCUCUGGCAGCCACAGACCCUCUUGUCCUGCCCAGUCCAGACCAGCCUUCUUCAUCGAUCACCGUCCCCGCUCACUCCACCACCAGCGCUAGCGAUGACCUCAGUUUGCUGGCCCACAUGACCAGCUGUGGCUCUGAUUUAACGCAGACCCAGAGCCACACUUCCGGGGAGCUUCCUGAGGACGGACCCUUUAAGAUCCAAAGCCCUCUUGCUGACAUCAGCUCCAUUGCUGCGGCUGAGACCCAGCUCCAGCUCCAAGGAGCAUCAAGACCAGAUUUCCCAGAGGAAGAGGGCACAUAUGGGGCAGAGGGGGAGUCUGCGGGGCUUAAAACUGGGGGAGACACAGCCAGUACUACCUCUGAUACAGAGAGGUCAGAUGAUGGGAAGGAAAAGGACACGAAGAAGAUCCAAACUACUACGACAACACAGGCUCUCCAUGGUCGAACUGCAGCGCAGCUAGAGCGGGACCUGCGGGUCGAUCUGGGUUUCAGAGGCAUGCCCAUGACUGACGAGCAACGGCGUCAGUUCAGUCCUGGCCCACGUACAACUAUGUUCCGCAUCCCAGAAUUCAAAUGGUCCCCGAUGCACCAGAGGCUGCUCACUGACCUCCUCUUUGCUCUGGAGACAGACGUGCAUGUGUGGAGAAGCCACUCCACCAAGUCGGUUAUGGAUUUUGUGAACAGCAAUGAGAACAUCAUCUUCGUCCACAACACAAUCCAUCUCAUUUCUCAGAUGGUGGACAACAUCAUCAUCGCCUGCGGAGGCAUUCUGCCUCUUUUGUCAGCUGCAACCUCCCCUUCUAGCUCAAAGAGUAGUGCCAACACUACGGAGUUGGAGAACAUUGAGGCGACGCAGGGCAUGUCAUCAGAGACAGCAGUCACGUUUUUGUCCCGUCUCAUGGCCAUGGUAGACGUGCUAGUGUUUGCCAGCUCCCUCAACUUCAGUGAGAUCGAAGCGGAAAAGAACAUGUCGUCUGGAGGGUUGAUGAGACAAUGCCUUCGUCUCGGUGUGAGUGUUGUGGUUCCAGUGAAAAAGCCACCACCUGGCAGCCUGUCAGUCAACACCGUGGGCACACCCACUACCAGUGGAGCUGCCACUGCUGGCAGCACACCCAACAUUUUUGCUGCUGCAACAGCAACGCCCAAGAGCAUGAUCAACACUACAGGUGCCACAGACUCUGCCUCCUCAUCCACUUCCUCCUCUUCAUCAUUUGUUAACGGCGCAACUAGUAAAAAUCUGCCAGCGGUGCAGACGGUGGCCCCCAUGCCGGAGGACACCAUGGAGAAUAUGAGUGCCUAUUGUGAGGUGGCGCAGUGUGCGCUGCGCAGCGGUCAGACGCCCCCUGAGCUCAAGUCUUUUAGCUCUCUGGCAGGCUUCCAGGCAGCCCCCCGAGAUGCAGGACAGUGUUUUAGUAUAACCACCAAGCUGGAGCGUGCGCUGGAGAAGGUGGCCCCGCUGCUCAGAGAGAUUUUUGUGGACUUCGCCCCCUUUCUGUCCAGGACUCUGCUGGGUAGCCAUGGGCAGGAACUGCUCAUAGAAGGUACAGGUCUGGUGUGCAUGAAGUCCAGCACGUCUGUGGUGGAGCUCGUGAUGCUGCUCUGUUCUCAGGAGUGGCAGAACUCAAUUCAGAAGAAUGCUGGCCUGGCCUUCAUUGAGCUCAUCAAUGAGGGAAGACUCUUGUGCCAUGCCAUGAAGGAUCAUAUUGUUCGUGUUGCCAACGAAGCAGAGUUCAUCCUGAACAGGCAGAGGGCUGAGGACGUACACAAACACGCUGAGUUUGAGUCUAACUGCGCCCAGUAUGCUGUGGACCGGAGAGAGGAGGAGAAAAUGUGUGACCACCUCAUCAGCGCCGCCAAGCACAGAGAUCAUGUGACUGCAAACCAGCUGAAGCAGAAGAUCCUCAACAUCCUGACCAAUAAGCACGGAGCGUGGGGGACAAUGUCACAGAGCCAGUUGCAUGACUUCUGGCGCCUGGACUACUGGGAGGAUGACCUGAGGAGGAGAAGAAGAUUUGUGAGAAACGCCUUCGGCUCCACACACGCUGACAUUUCACUCAAAACUCUGGACGAAUAUGGUACAGAAGAGGAGGAGGAAGGGCCGAAGUCCAAGAAGAAUUUCCGCAGCCAGUCGGUGGUCACCCAGAACCCAGAGGCCGAGUUGAUGUUGGAGGGAGACGAUGACGCCGUCAGUCUGCUGCAGGAAAAAGAGAUUGAUAACCUUGCUGGCCCUGUAGUUCUUAGUACUCCAGCCCAGUUGGUAGCUCCAGUGGUGGUGGCUCGAGGCACUCUGUCCAUCACUACAACUGAGAUCUACUUUGAAGUUGAUGAAGAAGAUCCUGCCUUCAAGAAGAUGGACGCUAAAAUGCUGGCUUACUCAGAGGGUUUGCACGGCAAGUGGAUGUUUAGUGAGAUCCGAGCUGUGUUCUCCAGACGUUACCUGCUGCAAAAUACAGGACUGGAGGUCUUCAUGGCCAACAGAACGUCCGUGAUGUUUAACUUCCCUGACCAGGCCACGGUUAAAAGGGUGGUCUACAGCCUUCCCCGGGUGGGGGUAGGAACGAGUUAUGGCCUUCCACAAGCCAGGCGUAUCUCCUUGGCGACUCCUCGUCAGCUCUUCAAGUCGUCCAACAUGACACAGCGCUGGCAGAGAAGAGAGAUCUCCAACUUUGAGUACCUCAUGUUUCUAAACACUAUUGCAGGGAGGACCUAUAAUGAUUUGAACCAGUAUCCCGUCUUCCCCUGGGUCCUGACUAAUUAUGAUUCAGAGGAGCUCGACCUCACUCUGCCUGGCAACUUCAGAGACCUUUCCAAGCCAAUCGGGGCACUGAACCCCAAGCGAGCAGCGUUUUACGCUGAGCGCUACGAGACGUGGGACGAUGACAGUACCCCUCCCCACCACUAUACCACCUUAUACUCCACAGCUCACUCAACACUGAUGUGGAUGGUCAGAAUAGAGCCUUUUACCACUUUUUUUCUCAAUGCGAACGAUGGUAAGUUUGACCAUCCAGAGAGAGCCUUCUCUGGUAUCGGCCGUGCGUGGAGAAACUGCCAGAGAGACACAGCUGACGUCAAGGAGCUGAUCCCAGAGUUCUACUACCUGCCAGAGAUGUUUGUCAACAGUAAUGAGUAUGAACUAGGUGUGCGGGAUGAUGGCGUUCCUGUGUGUGACGUGGAGCUUCCUGCCUGGGCCAAGAAACCUGAAGACUUUGUUCGCAUCAAUCGCAUGGCGUUGGAGAGUGAGUUUGUGUCGUGCCAGCUCCAUCAGUGGAUUGAUCUCAUAUUUGGCUACAAGCAGCGAGGUCCAGAAGCUGUCCGAGCUCUCAACGUGUUCAGCUUCUUGUCCUACGAGGGAGCGGUCAACUUAGAUAAUCUGGAUGCUGUGCAGCGUGAGGCGAUUGAAACCCAGAUCCAGGUCUGUGGUCAGGUCCCUUCCCAGCUGCUGAUUGAGCCACACCCACCUCGCUCUUCUGCCAUGCACCUGUGUUUCCUUCCCCAGAGCCCUCUGAUGUUUAAGGAUCAGAUGCAGCAGGACGUCAUCAUGGUGCUCAAGUUCCCCUCCAACUCCCCCGUCACCCACGUUGCGGCCAACACACUCCCCCACCUCAGUAUACCAGCAGCCGUCACCGUCACAUGUAGCCGGCUGUUUGCUGUAAACCGCUGGCACAACACAGUCGGUCUUCGUGGAGCUCCAGGUUACUCACUGGAACAGGCUCAUCAUCUCCCCAUUGAAAUGGAUCCUCUCAUAGCAAACAACUCGGGAGUGAACAAGCGUCAGAUCACUGACCUGGUGGACCAGAGCAUCCAGAUCAACACACACUGUUUUGUUGUUACUGCUGACAACCGCUACAUCCUGGUCUGUGGCUUCUGGGACAAGAGCUUCAGAGUUUACUCUACUGAAACUGGUAAGCUGACCCAGAUAGUUUUUGGCCACUGGGACGUGGUGACGUGUCUGGCUCGGUCAGAGUCUUACAUCGGAGGAGACUGCUACAUCGUGUCAGGCUCCCGAGACGCCACUCUUCUUCUGUGGUACUGGAGUGGACGACACCACAUUAUAGGGGACAACCCAAACAACAGUGACUACCCUGCUCCCAGAGCGGUGCUGACGGGACAUGACCACGAGGUGGUGUGUGUGUCUGUCUGUGCAGAGCUGGGAUUAGUUAUCAGUGGAGCCAAAGAGGGCCCAUGCUUGGUUCACACUAUCACAGGGGACUUGCUGAGGGCCCUGGAGGGUCCGGAACUGUGCCAGCGGCCCCGCCUCAUCUCCGUGUCUAGCGAGGGACACUGCAUCAUCUAUUACGAGAGAGGCCGCUUCUGUAACUUCAGCAUAAAUGGAAAAUUGCUGGCACAAAUGGAGGUCAAUGACUCCACGCGGGCUAUCUUGUUGAGCAGUGAUGGGCAGAACUUGGUGUCGGGAGGUGAUAAUGGAGUUGUGGAGGUGUGGCAGGCAUGUGAUUUCAAACAACUUUACAUUUACCCAGGCUGUGACGCUGGCAUCCGCGCCAUGGACCUGUCACAUGAUCAGAGGUACAGUACAACAGGCCAGACCAAAGACCAGACCCUGUACAGGUGCUACCAGACCCUGUACAGGUGCUACCAGACCCUGUACAGGUGCUACCAGACCCUGUACAGGUGCUACCAGACCCUGUACAGGUGCUACCAGACCUGA